CCCCUCCUCUCCCGCUGCUUCUCCACCUCCUCUUCCUCCUAUUUCUCCCCGCAUCUCCUCCACCACCUGCCACAGCCGCGACGCAGCGAUGGAGAGCCGCUGCGAAUUAUUCUAAGCCCACGAAAAAAACCCACAAUUGAAAGGGACAUUGAAGGACGCACGGGAAGAGAGAGAGAGGAGGCUUAGAGAAGGAGUCAGAGGAGAGAAGGAGAAGAAGAAACGGAGUGAAAGGAGCGGAAAAUCAGAAACAUAUGGUUUGUCUGAGCAGAAGAGUGUCUGUUUGGGAGCUCUGCAGCACCAGCUUCAAACUUAUCCAGCCGCUGUGAUCUGCCGAUUUGAUUUCAUUCAUUAGUUUUCCGUGACUUCUUCUAUUUCCGUGCUAUUUUUUGCACAAACUCACCUGUGUGAUCCUCCACCUACACAUCUGUUUGAAUAGUUUUUUUAAUUUUUUUUUUUGCGGGUGGAUUGCGGUUUUGCGCCUCCUUGAACGCGCACACACACAAGAUCACAAGACGCCAGCCUAGAACAGCUUCUAAGGAGGAAAUUGAAUUAGAUAAGUUAUUCUUUCACAGCAGCAGGACUCCUCCUCUGGUCCCCCCCUUCUCACCGUGUCUCCUCCAGGGGCCCACCAGGAGUCUCCUCUUCCCCCCUUUCCUCCUCCCUUCAUCCCUCCUCAUCCUCUCUCCUUUUUCCGUGUCAUGUCUGGGCAAUCUGUGACCAUCCCGGACGACCGGGCGUUUGCCAGCUUCAAGGCGGAGUGUCUGUGCGAAGAGGGCUGGCUCCUGACCCACAACAAGGGGGGCAUCACGGUGUGGACCCAAGGUCUGGAGGAGGGCAAAUCCGUGCACAAAAUGAAGUGUCGGAUGGUGUGUAAGGAUGCGUCAGCUGAGACCAUGUACGAUGUUCUCCAUGACAUCGAUUACAGAAAAAAAUGGGAUACAAAUGUCAUCGAGACCUUUGAUAUCGGGAAACUUACAGUCAACGCGGAUGUUGGUUACUACUCUUGGAGUUGUCCAAACCCUCUUCGGAACCGUGACGUGAUCACCCUUCGCUCCUGGCUGCAGAUAGGAAAAGACUAUAUCAUCAUGAACUACUCUGUCAAACACCCUAAAUACCCUCCUAAAAAGGACUUUGUGCGAGCUGUAUCCAUUCAGACUGGCUACAUGGUUCAGAGCCAGGGACCCAGCCACUGUACCCUCACGUACAUGGCACAGGUAGAUCCACGAGGUUCAUUACCCAAGUGGGUUGUCAACAAGUCUUCCCACUUCCUUGCUCCUCGUGCGAUGAAGAAGAUCUACAAAGCCUGUCUGAAGUACUCAGAGUGGAAGCAAAAAAACAAGCCUGGCUUAAAGCCCUGGCUCUACCCUGAACAGACUACAUUACCCAGCAUCCCACUCUCUGAGCUCAGCAUCCAGCAUGCUGACAGCCUGGAGAAUAUUGAUGAGAGCUCCUUGGCUGAGGCUCAGGAGAGAGAAGACAGCGACUAGCGUGUCUACACACACACACACACACACACACACACACACACACACACACACACACACACACACACAGUCUUGUAUUCAUACACACUCAUACAGUAAAGCAGGGAUACAUGGAUGCCCGACACACACACACUAAAUUUGGAGAUAUGUAUAUGUGGUUCUACAUUAAAGUAUGUGUGUAAGCAUCCAUGCACACAGACAAAAGCGCACUUGACCUACUCAGUCUUUUUCCUGCAUACAUAAUGUAUGAACGCAUAUACACAUCUGCAACACUGAUGCACUCACAGAUACCUAUCCUCCCUCUCACAACAGGCUGCAGGAAUACUUAUUUUUACAAGUCAAAAAAGUUAUCAACAUAAACAUGAUUUUUGUCAUACCUGUUUGAGGAAUAUUAAAGUUUCUAAUUGGAGCCUAUGCAGAUUAAUAUAUCAAAGUAUAUUUUCAUCAGCAGGAUUCACUUUUCAUGUAAAUGUUUACAGAUGUACCUGAUAUGCGAGUUGGAGAAGUACACAAUCAUGUUUGAUAGUUGAGGGUAAUAUCUUAAUAAGUCUAGUGUGACAGCCUCCUAUUUUAACUCCUGAUGCCAGUGUAUAUGGUGCACCAAGGUAAACAUGUCUGCCUGUGUGUACACAUAAAGACACACAACUAAUAUAUAAUAAAUGAUUAUUUAUUCAUGUAUACAGACGUGUAUAUGCUUUGACAGUUUGCAUCCUUCUGCCUAUGAUGUCCCUUUAUGUCUCCAUCACAUUUUGUAAUCCCAUUAUAAAUAUGCAGAUGUGCAGAAGGCAGCUGGAAUUCCCCCCACGACACAUUCACACAAACACACAUACAGAUUUUACACUCACAUGCACUGUCUGCUUCUCUAUUUGAGAGAUGUAUGAAUGUAUGUAGUUUAAAAAUUAAAUACAGAUUCCUAUAAAGGUUUUCAAGUUUCA